CAUUCGCAACCCGCAACGCCGCAUCUGCACAUGUGCGUGACGUGAUUCAGCACUUCUGCACAGGCUCAAAGCGCGAUUUAGUGUUUCUGUGCAUACGCGAGCAGUGAAACCCAGAAGUAACCCAUUCCAGUACGUCCGGGUUUUGGCGCGUCCGUAACCCGACAACACGCAACCCGCAGCGAUCGCAACCCAAGGUAUGACUGUACAAUACCCUUUUUUGCGCAGGCCAACUAGAACUGCUCACAGGAUGGCCAGUGGUCAGGAAAGAUGGAAGCUGCCGUUCAUGCCAGAAAUUGUGUUUUUUGUUGUGGUACCAGCUCCAAGAUGGUUCAACAGAGAGAUUCAGAGCAGGUCUAUUGUAAGACUGGCUUAGGAUCCAGCAGAUCAUUGGUCAGCCCAGCUCUUUCCCUUGCCCACCCCCAAAAAUGCCCUGGGUUUUUUGGGGGUGGAGAGGGUUGUUCUGGCAACCAACAGUGAGGAAUCUGCAAGCAGUAGUUUGUCCCAUUCCAUGCUUUCUGCAGGCACAUUGUGGUGACAAAAACACACACACACUAUUGACCCAUCUAUGAAUAGACACUUCUGGGGCACCUCAACCCCCUCUAGCUUGGCAGAGCAGGGGUUCAGCACGUUCUAUUGCUCUUGUUGCCCAUUUCAUUUUUAAAAAAUACAUAUUAUUUCCAAGAGACUUAAAAAUGAGCUCUGUUGAUAUAUGAUUCAUGGAUUUCUUGUUUUGUUUUGAUUUUCACCACCUUGUUCCAGUGACUAACAUUAAUUUAUCAGCAUGCCAACGGGGCUGCACUUACAAUCUGCGGAUGAUGAAUUUAAAAAAUGAACAUCCUUUUCUGCAGAAAAUAUUUCAUCUUCUUUUGCUCUGCCAAGGCUUACCAAUUUAUCACGGACAUUUCAAGCCACUUUGGCGAGGAGUUGGAGCCUGCUGAGAUUACCGUUCUCAUUAAAUGUCUCUUUUCUAUUUAUAUCUUAUAGAAAAAUAAAAUAAAACUGAGCCCAGUAUGGCUCGUGAGCAUCACAAUCUCUCCGUCAUUGUGUCUCUUAUUAUUAUUUCCGUUUUAACCAUACGUUGCAAACUUGUAAAUCCAAACCCAGAUCUCUACUGCUUAGCCAAAAGCCGUUACCAGUCAUGCAACAAUCCAUUGAAAAAUGCAGUACCACUCAGAUAUGAUUAAAACAAACAAAUGGCAUGAUCCACUGAAAUAUCCAACGUAUAUCCAAUCUUUUCCAAUGACAAAAACUGUACUGAUUAUAAAAUGUCUAACAUGCAAUUUAACUCGACACUUAGCAUGACAGUCCAUUACUAUCUAAUAUUCUUCAUUCACCUUCAAUAUUCUUAACAUAAAUUCAAUAUAAAACAAAAGCAGAAACCCUACUGAAAGCCACAUCAAGCAACUAUUUCUGCUAACAAAAUAAAGCAGGGAUGACUUGUGACUCUCCAGGUGUCCAUAGACUCAUAGAAUUGUAGAGCUGAAAGGGUCAUCUACUUUCCUUUCCUUUCUCCUCCUGCGAUGAGGCUACAUUUUAAUCUGUUAAUGUUUCAAUAUUUUAAUGUUGUAUUUUAAUUUUGUUUUUAAGUUGUAUUCAUUCAACUUGAUUUUAUUAUUACUUGUUAGCCGCCCUGAGCCCGGCCUUGGCUGGGGAGGGCGGGGUAUUAAUAAUAAUAAUAAUAAUAAUAAUUACUAUUAUUACUCCAGACCCCUGAAAUGCAAUUGAACUCCAACUCUCAUCAGCCCCAGACUGCAUGGCCAAUGGUUAGCAAUGAUGGGAGAUGGAGUCCAGAAAUGAUUAAAGGACCACAAGUUAGCCAUCAUAAGGAACACAUCACACAACAGCAACGGGUUGAAAUGUCUCUCUUGCUUAAGAGCAAUGGUUAGAGAGGAGCUUGAUGUAGCAGUAUGGCAAUUUAUUACAACAGUACAGUGGUGCCUCGCAAGACGAAAUUAAUCCGUUCCGUGAGUCUCUUCGUCUUGCGUUUUUUUCGUCUUGCGAAGCAUGGCUAUUAGCGGCUUAGCGGCUAUUAGCGGCUUAGCGGCUUAGCGGCUAUUAACGGCUUAAUGGCUUAGCGGCUAUUAACGGCUUAGUGGCUAUUAACGGCUUAACGGCUUAGCGGCUAUUAACGGCUUAGUGGCUUAGCGGCUUUAAGAAAAAGGAAACAAACUUGCAAGAACUCGCAAGACGUUUUGUCUUGCAAAGCAAGCCCAUAGGGAAAUUCGUCUUGCGGAAUGACUCAAAAAUCGCUAAACCCUUUCGUCUAGCGAGUUUUUCGUCUUGCGAGGCAUUCGUCUUGCGGGGCACCACUGUACAAGGUUUUCAGCUUGCCAGAGGAAACAACCUCCCUCUCCUCUCAUGUGCUGCUCUGGGGGUUUCCCACCACCAAGUCAAUUGUGAGAGGGGUGUGUGCAUGAGGGGAGGUGGAAGGAAAGCCUUGUUGCGCUAGCAGACGUUCCCUUGCACAGUCAUUUCUUGAAUCCUGCUGCUGGUAUUAUUGUUGUUGUUGUUGUUGUUGUUGUUGUUGUUGUUAUGUUUUAUAAACAAGAACAAUGUUAUACAAACAAGUAUCCCAAGUUUUCUCAUGUCAUUUGUAUAUCACAAAAAUAGCAUAAUAAAUGUGGGGAAAUUAUCUACAGCAUAUGUUUCAUUAUUAGUGGUCAAUGUAUAAGUUCUUGGUUUAUGAAUUGGUUUAGACCAUGAGUAGGCAAAUUAAGGCCUGGGGGCCGGAUCCAGCCCAAUUGCCUUCUAAAUCUGGCCUGCAGACGGUCCAGGAAUCAGUGUGUUUUUACAUGAGUAGAAUGUGUCCUUUUAUUUAAAAUGCAUCUCUGGGUGAUUUGUGGGACCUGCCUGGUGUUUUGACAUGAGUAGAAUGCAUGCUUUUAUUUAAAAUGCAUCUCUGGGUUAUUUGUGGGCAUAGGAAUUUGUUCAUUUUCCCUCCCCUCGCCCCCCAAAAAAUAUAGUUUGGUCCCCACAAGGUCUGAGGAACAGUGGACCAGCCCCCUGCUGAAAAAGUUUGCUGACCCCUGGACAGUUAGGAAGAAGAAGCAGGGGGAGAGAAAAAGGAAAAAAGGGGAGAGGGGGAGGGGGAAUGGCGAGUGGGGUGGGGUCAGGUGGUUAUGCUUCUAUUCUUUUACUUAGUGUGUGUGAGAGGGGUUGUGUCAGCAAUACUUGUAUUUCCUUGGUGGUGAGAGAGGUUGGGUGUGGGCUAGGGUGUGGUUGGUUGUCUUUGGUUGGCUGUUGCGAGAAUCGUUUUUGUGUGUGAGCGGGGUGCGGGUGUGCAUUUUUGAAUCAGGUUAGGCAGAUUGAUUUGUAUGCUGUCGGGGGAUUCUUCUUGUUGUCUUGUUGGGCUGUGUAUGUGAUAAAGGGGAACCAAAUGGCAUGUGGAGUGUUCUGCUUCAUUCUUUCGGCAGGCAAGUCAAUAAUGCUAAUAUGUUUGCUUAUUUUAGAGAUUUCAGCUAUGUUUCCAAGGUGAAUUGUAAUGACAGAAUACAAGCAUGAUAAAACCACAACAAUAAGAUACAAAAUGACACAAUCAAGACAAUGGAACCAGCAGUUAACAGCAGCAAUGGGCCACACUGGAAGCAUUGGAUAGCAUAGGGAUCACUGGCAUCAGAGAUGUCAGGUGCCCCCCCCCCUUGGCACCACGGCAGAAUCUCAGAUGAGGAUGUGUGAGAGAGCAAGAACCACCCUUACUUCUGCCUUGCCAGCUGGAGCCUGGCAAGACAUUGAACGAGAAAGAUUGAGCACCUUCUUCCCUCCCAUGACCAUAGCUGUCAACCGUCCCUUAUUUGGCGGGAAAGUCCCUUAUCCCAGCUCCGUGUCCCACUGCUGUCCCUUAUUGAUGAUGUCCCUUAAAUUUCCUGGUUUUCAAAGGAAGCAGCUCCUCUCCCUCCCUUCCGGCCGGCCAGGGAGGAGGGAGGCUCCAACUGUGUUGCUUGGCUGCGUUGUUCACCCAAUAAGGAGUCUAAGAACGACUGGGGGGUGGAGCUUGCAUGCAUUGUGCCGAUCAAAUCGGCCACAUUGCCUGGGGACUCGCCUUUGCUCAGCACUUCCCAGCGGAGAGGUGACAGUGGUUUUCCUUGCUGCAUCCCCUUUGCUGGGUUGCUGAGCUGUGGGAAUCACCACUUGAGGCUUUGUUUGGCUGCUGGCUGGGCUUUCUGCCUUUGGCUGCCUUUGAACAUACCUGUGCUUGGAAAAUCCUUUAUUUUGGCUACUGACCCUUUAUUUCCAAGGCUGCUGGUCCCUUAUUUUCAAAUCUGUAAGUUGACAGCUAUGCCCAUGACACACACACACAUUUAGGAUUGCAGAUUAGAAAAUACAAGUAAAUGGAUAAGCCUGAGAAAGUGGCUUGCCUCAGGCUGAGUUUGUAGCAUGGGCAGGGACUGAGUUCACAGCUCAGUCUCUUUACUACCAUGAUCUGCUACCAUAAUAUGAAAAUGAUCAGGGGUCUAGAAGCCAAGCCAUAUGAGGAAUAGUUGAAGAAGCUGGAUAUGUUUAGCCUGGAAAAGAGGAGACUGAGAGGAGAUAUGAUAGCCAUCUUCAAACAGUUCGAGGGCUGUUUUUUCCUGCUCCAGAGGCUAGGACCCAAACCAAUGCAUUCAAGUUACAAGAAAGGAGAUUCCAACUAAACGUCAGGAAGAACUGUUGGACAUUGGAACAGUCCUUGGUUGUGGACUUCCUUGGAGGUUUUUAAGCAGAGAUUGGGUGGUCAUCUCUCAUGGAUGCUUUAGCUGAGAUUUCUGCAUCACAGGUGGUUGGACUAGAUGCCCCUUGGGGUCCCUUGCAACUCUACAAUUCUCUGAAAGAAUAGUAAGACAUUGGUGGAUUCUAUGAAAGAGGUUUUCAUUCCUCAUAUGGUUCACACAAGUUUAUCAGUUUAAGAAGAGGGAGUACUUGUUUUCUCUCCUCCCCCCUCCUUGCACUCCCUCCUGCCUUGCCAAUAAUCAGCCAUUGAGUGAAAAAGAUUCAUUUCACACACACAGCUGUUCUCUGCUCCUAACUUUAGUCCAUUUCAGCCCCCCAGAUGUUUGGUAGGUGCAUUAUUCCAACAUAAAUUCUAUUAAGAAAAGGGUGUUUUUGCAUGUUUCCCCAUCAAAGAGUGUGAGAAUCACUUAACAAUAGUGCCUCAAAGUUUUCAAUUUGCAUUUUCAUUGCACCUGGGAAAGCGGCUGUAUAAAGAGUACAUUGACUUUCACAGACAAAAAUAAACCCAAAGAGUUUUAAUGCUUUGGCAAGGAGCCAACGUUUCAUCAUUUUGUUCCCUGAGACUCUUAUGGGCUAUAACUCAAAUUUAAUGAUCUGAUUCAUUGAAAUGAUAAAAUCCUAGCAUUUGGGUAUGUUUCUCUUUUUGUAAAAAGGAAAAAAAAGUAUUUGCCUCUGCUGAAGCAGCCUCAGCUGCCAAACAGGCUCUGACAGAUUGCAAUCACUACAAAAAGUCUCUGAGUCACUGGCAGAUCAUGAACGUACAUGGGAGGUCCACAUCUGAAUUUCUAGAAAGCCAAAAGUCUGACCUUCAGAAGAAAAGCAGAGUUCAAACAUUCCAGUUGGUAAAAGUGGAUCAUAUCAUUACCACAAUAUUGAUGCAAUUGAGGGUAGAUUUUUGAGGGUGUUUAUUUAUUUUUUGCAGGCACUGAACACCCUGAAAGGUGAUAUUGUGUCAAGUUGGUUCAAGCUGAUUAUCUGUCUUAUUCUCAGAAUACUGCUUGGAACGUUCAUUUUUAAAAGAAACUGGUUCAAGCGCAUCAUGUCCCCAAAGGAUGUUGUUCCAGUUCAGAUGUGUCCUUUUACAAAACAAACUAGUUUCAGUCCACCCAAAUUAAUGGAUUAGUUCACAAAAAGUUCAACCUCGUCAUUUUUUAUUUUUUUUUACAGCUUUAGCUUUUAAAGAACACAACAGUUUUUAAUUUGGCAACUUACCAGCUUACAGUGCCAUCCUAACCAUGUCAACUGAGGAUCACGUUCUGUAGAAUAGUGCUUGCUUCUUAGAAGGUGAGGUUAGGAUUGCAGCCUUGGCAAUGGAGCAAGAGCAGUUAACAGCCUCCCCUUCCCAACUUUUCAACAGGCUCUCUUUGGAGAAGUAACAGAAGAAGAGUAGGUUGGACAAUAAGUGAAGGCCUCAGUUGGCGGAUAGGCAUUGGGUAAGCCUAGUCUUGGUUGGAGGCAGGGUUGUAGCCUUCGCCUGCCCUUCCACGGGUAAAGGUAUCCUGUUAAAAGGAUCUGGGAGGAGUGGCUCCUGUCUGAUGUCUAGACAGGAGAUAGGACCAUACCAUUCCUCCAACAGGGACCACUUGGGGGACACCCCAAUUUGACGUAGAUCAUAGGGUAUCCUCCCCAUUGCCUUCACCCUUAGUAACCCUCCCAGUAGAUGGGUAGGUGUGACAUGCGCAGUUGCAUACCACAAUGCCUAUGGCCAAACCUUCACAUCAGUAACCAAUGAAGCUGCAGCCUUAUUUGAUCCCAAACCAAUAUGCUGUGUGUUGUCUAGUUAUUUGCACCUUAGGGAACAGGGCGGUGAUGGGGCCUCGAUACACAAUGGGUGACUUAUAACACACACACACACACACACACACUCCAAAACACCUCACAGUCAAAGCCACUUGCAGAAGACGAAGAUGGGUGUGACAUUGGGCUGGAGCCACCAAGCAUGUGAUUGGUGGGCAGGUGGGUGGGGAACAGGAAAUAAUUCUAAUUAACCAGCUACUAUCGCCAUCCAUCAAACAGUCCAGCAAGUGUGCGCAUACACACACAAAGAACACUUACUCAACAACCACCACUCAGGAGAAGCACCGAUCAGCACUUAGGGGGAGCAUGGCCAAACCUGCCAUCCAAUUAUGUUUAAGUGGUUCAGCACCCCACUCACCCCACCCAGUUCUCACACCACUUUAUCAAAUGCUCUAGUCUUCAUUGAUUAACCUCUCCCCCCCCCCCCAGAUGAUGCAUGCUAUACCUUAUGGACAGUCCCCAACCAACAGUGAUAAUGAAGAAAUUACUGUGGUACCUCGGGUUACAGAUUAUUCAGGUUACAUACGAUUCAGGUUACAGACUCCACUAACCCAGAAAUAGUACCUUGGGUUAAGAACUUUGCCUCAGGAUGAGAACAGAAAUCGCCCGGCGGCAGCAGGAGGCCCCAUUAGCUAAAGUGGUGCUUCAGGUUAAGAACAGUUUCAGGUUAAGAACAGACCUCCGGAACGAAUUAAGUACGUAACCAGAGGUACCACUGGUAAAUUCUUAACCCGAGGUACCACUGUAUAGGAAUGACUAGAAGGCUUAAUUAAAGCCCCAUCGAUUGCAUGGGCUAGAUUAACUUCUGUUCUCAGUGGGAGCAGAAUGUAGUGACUUCUCUCUGUACCAAGACAUUUCUCAGUGUGAGUAACAUGUUGUUUGUUUCUUUAUGACAUUCUUAUCCCAGUCUGCUUCAAGCAUGACCAAAGAGCAGCUUUUCAAGCUUGCAACAACUCCAUGAUAUAGUUUGAUCAGCAGAGAGCAGGCUGAGCUGGGAUUCGAACCUCAGUUUGCUACUUCUAGAUCAUGCAUUCUUCCGACUAUGCUAGGCUGGCUCUUUGUUCUUAAGUUAUUUCACGAUUUAAAAGGGGGCUUUUGUAAUAAUAAAAAAGUCGUGCCUCCACUGGUUCCCCCUAUAUAAUGUCAUACUAUAAAGGUAAAGGGACCCCUGACCAUUAGGUCCAGUCAUGGCCGACUCUGGGGUUGCGGCGCUCAUCUCGCUUUAUUGGCUGAGGGAGCCAGCGUACAGCUUCCGGGUCAUGUGGCCAGCAUGACUAAGCCACUUCUGGCGAACCAGAGCAGCGCACAGAAACGCCGUUUACCUUCCCCUCCGGAGCGGUACCUAUUUAUCUACUUGCACUUUGACGUGCUUUCGAACUGCUAGGUUGUUAGGAGCAGGGACCGAGCAACGGGAACUUACCCCAUCACAGGGAUUUGAACCGCCGACCUUCUGAUCGGCAACUCCUAGGCUCUGUGGUUUAACCCACAGCGCCACCCGCGUCCCUAUGUCAUACUAUAGCACUCACCUAAUGUACAUGCAUCUUAGCAAGUUUCUAUCUGUGUCCUUUAAACUGAAGACUCAGGCAGACAUAGGUAGAUUUCAUUUGCAAUUGCCCCCGUGGUUUGAGGGGUAUGUAUGUUCCUGGAGAAAACAACUAAUGAUCUGUUAGAAUGUCUUCCAGAUGUUAGAAGUUAGAAGAUGUCCCUGUAUGCUAGCCUUUUAUGCAAUAUCAAUGGGAAUUUUCCAUCUUCUCUUUUUUCCACCUGUAUUCUUACAUGGGAAAAGUGUUUCAGUUGAAUCAGCCCAUAUAUCAUGUUCUCCCUUCUAAUUUCCAUCAGCAUUUUUACAUCGCUGUGUUCUUUGAAAGAGAGUAGCCUUAGGCUUUGGAAGAUGCUGAUAGAUUCCUAUAGGGAGAAUUAGUCAUUUCAAGGUAGAACGCAUGACAGACCCGGUUCCUGUUUUAAAUUAAAAGUCAACUUCAUCUUUAUUGUACAAAUAUUGACUUCAUUCUGAGGAAUUCUAAUCAGCAGGUUCCACACAAACGAAAAGUGUAGAUUAUACACAUGUCUCAAAAGGUCUAAAUACGCUCAACAAAUUGCUUACCCAUCUAAAUGGAUCUGGGGCAAUAGCUUUCUGGAAAUGGCUGCCUGGAAUAACUCUUCUGUAAGAAAAUCAAUGUUUAUCAUUAUUUUGUUUUCUUAAGUGAUGAUGUCACUUAUGACUACUUUAUGGUGUUACGAAUAUUUCGAUAUUGAUAGGAGGCUGAUAUUGAAAUUCUGUGUAAAAGUCAGUAUUUCGUUUACAAGCAAACACCAAUUAAAAUUCAUUGGUGAAGGUGGAAUUCAUUGUAGCACUUUGGCAAACAUUCUAUCAGCACAAGAAGAAAUUAAUCAUUUUAUUCGUAUGCUGCCUUUCUAAAGUUAUAAUCAUGCUCAAGGCAGCUUACAACAUUUAAAAUUUACCUAACUACAAACGUAAUGAAAGAAGUCAUAAACAACAAAUAAAUAUCAAAAGUGAACGAUUUCCACAUAAAUAAGAAGAUCCAAAAUAAAUAAAGUUAAAUGACAGCAACAAAUCCCCCCUCUUAAAAAAAAAACUCCUUAAACUCCCCAGCCCAAUAUUCUGUUCAGCAGUCUCAGCUUUUGCAGCUGGAGUCAGUCAAGUCCCUGUCCUCCCAGGCUAGGUGGAAAAAGGCCUGCAAGGCAGGGAGCAGGUCCUCUAGGACUCACAAUCAAGAUGGUCCUUAUGCAAUGGAACAUUUGCUCCCUCUCCUUCCCCAUCAUGCCCCUUACAUCUGUUUCCCCCCAACCCUCUGGAGCAGAUUUGGGGACGGUGUGGGAUGUGCCUGGGAUAGGGAGAAGUGGAAUGCCCCCGUUGUACUUACUUACACUGCAGAUUGUCACCACAUUAACCCAAGUUUCUAUGCUCCCAUCAUGUGCUCUUGCUGGACCAGACAUGUAGAUUCUUCAUAUGAUGUAAGCAUUGCAAUGGAGCAUGGUAUAUUGAUAUACGAUGGUGGAUAACUUAUGGUGGCAUCCCAUGCCAAUCUUUCAGUGCAACCCUAUGUAUAUCUACUUGGAAAUAAGUUCCAUUGAGUUCAAUAGGACACACUCUCAGGUAAGUGUGUAUAAGUGUAUUUCUGUUCAUCCCAGUGAAAUACUCUUUUACAGUAGAUCAACAUUCAAAAGGAUAAUCAACUAAAUAAUUAUGCAAGCAGUUCUCUUGUACAUUACUGUGGGAGGAAUGGAGAACUCACCAUAGACAUAUAAUUUUUGUUAGCAUAACUGUUUCAAACAAAUGUGUGUGUUUGAACUCCCCUGUACUUAUCUUCCCAUAUUCAUGUAGUGAGAAGGGACAUAAAAGCAGGGUAUCUAAUUUAUGUCUUUAUUUAUCUAUUUAAUAAGUAGGAACAUAAAAUGUACAGUCUGAAAUCUUGGGUGACAUUGUAUGAAAAGCAAGUGAUACCUUUUAAUUUUGUUCUGUGUUAUGAAUCUAUGAAAACCCUUCAAUAUAUUAUGAAGAAUGUGUGCCGUUUUCAAAGUACCAUUAAAGUAUAGCUUCUUCUUAAUCACUGUGAUCACUGCUGCCUAAAAUUCAUGCAUUCACAUAAUGCGGGUGUCAAACAUAGGUUCUCAAAGUCUGGAUUAAAAUGUCCUGUGGAAGUGGAAAAGGUUGAAAGCGGAAAGAGAAAACGAACUAUGUGCUUGCUACGAUCUUGAGAGAGAUAAUUUUCUUUUUAAAUAAAAAUGAUUCCCAGCAUAAUUGCUACAGAGCAGACCUUCUGAAUUGCUGUGUGAAGUGAAGGGCCAAAUAAAACGAAACUCAGUUUUUAAACCUUUUAUAAUAUUGCAAUUUAAGACAGUAUUUUUAACACUUAAUGGCUAUGGUGGUAUCACUCAGCAUUUCCUACUUGGGUAACACACACAGCCUUUCCCCUUGUGUUUACCAUAUGUGAGAAUUGUAUAGCAGCCUACCUGUUAAGAAGCAGCUUCAGAUAUUCCAAAGUAAGCGCGUUCCCACACCCAGAUUGUUACAGACUUCCACGCCAGAUGUUAAACACAUUUACAUCUCACCCUGUUAGAGAGAUGCAGCAACUCCCAGUUCAGGGAGCUCAACUUUCCAAGGGGAAAGUUGUGAAAUUUGCUGUAUGGAACAGAGUAAAAGCAGGAAAUGCAAGGCACUUACUCUUCCUGUUCCCAGGUACUGCUGAGCCUUCAAAGCUGCUCUUAUAUUGAAUCUGAGCAUCUAUUUCAAGGGUGGCGCUGUGGGUUAAACCACAGAGCCUAGGUCUUGCUGAUCAGAAGGUCGGCGGUUUGAAUUCCCCGCAAGGGGGUGGGCUCCCGUUGCUCAGUCCCUGCUCCUGCUAACCUAGCAGUUCAAAAGCACGGCAAAGUGCAAGUAGAUAAAUAGCUACCGCUCCGGCGGGAAAGUAAACGGUGUUUCCAUGCGCUGCUCUGGUUCGCCAGAAGUGGCUUAGUCAUGCUGGCCACAUGACCCAGAAGCUGUACGCUGGCUCCCUCGGCCAAUAAAGCCAGAUGAGUGCCACGACUGGACCUAAUGGUCAAGAGCCCCCUUACCUUUACUUUUACAACCUGAAGUGGAGUAAGCCAAUCGGGCACCUGGGGCAGCACGUGUGCCCUACACUCAAGGGUGGGGCCAGCCACCUGUGGGGCAGGGCAAGCUGGGGCAGGACACUCCACAGGGCUUCCGAGGAGUCUGCCUGCCCACUCAACUGCCCUACAGCUGAAGGGGAGGCGGUGGGCGGACCAUUGGGGGCCCAAGCCACCGCGUCACUUCCAGGAGAGACGCGUGGUUCGGGCACGCUGCAGGCCCCGUGGUGAGUGCCGCCCGGCAUUUUGUCGCCCCCUUCAGUGGUGACACCCAUGGGGCCUGCCCCCACUGCACCCCCCUUCCUCCAGCCUGUCGCCAACCUUUUUGGGCGCACAGGCACAUUUGCAAACCAGGGAAACUGGUUUGAGCUCCACUUGAGUGUUGCGGCUCUCCCUUCUCUCGUUGAAAUCACGAUUGUGCCAGAGUUAGGUUUUAACAAGGCUGCCUGUUGACUAAAGAAGACCUUUUUCAAGCCUAAUUUCAGUCAAGGAGUGUGUGUGUGUGGAACCCUGUGAGUGCCAAGAAAGAGCUCUGUGCGCCCGUGAGCAUCUUGUUGGAAACCCAUGAUCUAUUAGAAUCCAUAGAUGGGAUAUCUGUUGUAGAGCAUCCAUAUGCAACUUCCAUAUGGUACCAAAAUUAUUAUACAAUCCUGCAAGGAUCCAUGCAGAGUAGUCUCUUGGGCACAGAUCCUCUGUUGCAUUAGCCACCAUGCAUGUAAAAGCUUACUGUGUGCAUCUUUGCACCUCAUUGGAACUCGCUGUGUUAAGACUACAUGUGCACUAUCAAACAGAUGAUUGGUGGUGUCAGAUUUUUCCAUUGCUUGCUUGUUUCACAAGUCUCCAAUUUCCCUUUCGCUUGCUAAUGGCGAUGGGUAAUGUCAAUGACCAUAACCAUAUGCACGCGCAUAUUCGGCAUGUGCAUAUACUCAUGGACAGAUACGCAUGUUGUGACAUGCAAGAUUUGUGUGAUCGGAACCAAAGAGUUUUGUGGCACCUUAAAAUAAUCUCUUACUAUUGCAUGAACUUUCAUAAACAAUACUUCUUUAUUUUAUUAUAUACAAAAGUGCAAUAUAUCUGAAAGGUUGUGUAAAUAAAAUUCCAUCAAAUCCCUGUCAAUGAACAAAUACAAUUCAAAUGUACAAUUCAACCUUUUAGCAUUGUUCCUGUAAUACGGAUAAUUAUCAAAGCAUAUCAUGCAAAACCAAAGCUUUCAAGAAAACCCUGCUUCAGAGGACUAAAAGGUUACAAUCAAUAAGCACAACCUUUUUAUGACCUUCUAAUGUUAGUGAAGCAAGACAGGCCCAAUAUAUUAUUUGCAGUUAAUGAAAUGAGCAGAUUUGUUUUCUUUUAGGUGCUUACAUACAUGUGUGAUAGAGAGCAGACGCAUAGUAUACAAUAUUGAAGAGCCAUAAGGUUAACAGGUCUUUAAAUUGAUUGAUUGAUUGAUUGAUUGAUUGAUUGAUUGAAAAUGGCACACAUAGUAUUUUGGAUCUGUUUCAUGCUUGUAAAAAAAAAAAGCAUUGUUCUUUGCUGUCAUUUUAUAAACCCAUUCUGAAUCUAGAACUGCGCGUUUAAAUUAUUCAGCUUCAAGAACUCCUGGGCUGCAGGGACAGUAUUUUAAGGAUGUUGAUGAUGUGUGAAUUCAGCGGAAGUAACAACCUGCCCUUUUGUGGAUUUUUACUCCUCCUGUCCUCAGUCGGUUUCAGGGGCAUUGCUACUGACAGCAGAGACUCAACAUAGCUUUAAAAUGGUAGGAGAAGCUUGUAAAUUAUUGCCGAAAGGAUAGUCACCUAAUAUACUCCGUUUAAAUGGACUGGUAGUGCACUUCGCAACAUUGCAAGAUAAAUAAAUGCUUUGGGGAGCCAGCUUAAAAAUGAAAUUCACCCAUGCACGCUUUCGGGGAUAAAUCAGCCUAAUGUCAAUACAGUGCACAUUCAGCAAAGAAAUAUUAGCCUUGUAUAGACAAGGAAUGCAAGCUCUAACAUUGAGUGUCAGCUAAAAGUACACAGUAGCCCCCUGCAAGACAAAAAGAGAGGAAACUCGGUAUAUUUAGUUACCCAAAUAAAGUGCUUGUUUGACAAACCAAAGGAGUAAUUUGUGUGAUAACUGAGGUUUCUUAUUACUAAGCUAGGAUAAUUAUAGUUAUUUUAUGAAAUUUUAAUUAAGUUUUCUGACUGCUGAGAUAUUGGUUUGCAACACUGAGCUGCUCAGGAGGCAUUUCAAUGAAGGGAAAAAAGCAAAAUGAAAAUGGCUUAUUUAUUUAUCUCAGUGCAUUGAAGUGCUAAAAUCAUAAGCAAGUCAACUGGGAGUAGGAGGCUGUUCAAGAGACACAGUUACUGUGUUCUCUCUGCUGAAACGGGAGCAAGUUUUGGGAGAACAUAGUCACCAGAUUGACUGGGUAGCAUCUCGAGAGAGAUUUGCACAUGCAUGCACAUCAUUAAAUGUCUCAUGACUUAGUAUUUACCAAUUUAAGAUCCACGACUGAAUAUGCAUAUUGCCUCUGGCAAAAAGUGCCCUGAAAUAUUUGCUCAUGUCCCGACACCUAAUGAUGCAAACAGGUUUUUUUGAUGACUCCAAGCCACUGGAACAUGUGUCAAACCUUGCCUGCUCGGAAGAGAGCUAAGAGAACUGCAGAGUUUAUGAAGACUGAAUGUUGCAGGAUAAAGAGGGAGGAGGCAUAAAUGAGAGUUUGCCAGAAGAGCUGCUUUCCCCCACUGCCAGCCCCACAAGCUCGGGGGACAGCGGGGAGGCGGAGCACCGCCUUCCCGCUGUUCCCCGUCCUGGUAUGGAGGCUGGCGGUGGGGGAAAGGUGGGGGAAAGAACUCCCGCUGGGCUCCGGAGGCUUCGGGUGAACGCACCUUGAACGCACAGAACGCACCUUGUUUUAGAGGGGGAGAACAAGAAAAAAUUUUUUUUUCCUGUUCUCCCCCUCCUAUGGUCCAGUGCAUCCUAUGGUCCGAUGCGUCCAAUAGAGCGAAAAAUACGGUAUUUGGGGGGCGGGUCCCUGAAAAAAAUGAGGUGGGAGAAAUUGGGAGGGAAAUGGGUGCCCCCACCCUGCCCUUCACACCUCAAGUCUUGUUUCUCAGUGGAGGCUGGCUGAUGAAGGGCCACUGCCCCACCAACCAAUACCUGCCUUCAGUCCAGGGGGUGGCACUGCCGGUCAGUUCGCUCCUGCUUAGUCUCACUGUUGCCAUAAUAGAACUCAGCAGAAGCAAAACUGGAUUUAAUUGGCUCUGCUUGUCAUUGGUUCUGGCUCAAGCUACCUUUGAGUAGCCUGCCUUCUGCCUUAUGAAGCUCAGUGGGUACCAGCCACCCUUGUUGUUUCUGUACUAAAAACGUUGUGGAUCUGGGGCAAGGGGCAGAGUCUUAAAAAUGGGUUAAAAUCCUUAUUCCAAAAAAGGAAGAAAAAGAGCAUGUGGACGGGUGCAUCCGAAAAUGCAAGCAGUCUGCUUUAACUAGAUAGAAGCAGAUUGACACUGAACUGAUGUGACAAGUUCCCCAUGUUUAGCCAUUGCAUAUGUUUUCUGUCUCAGUGAUUUAUUUCCUCUUGUAAAUUACACAGGACAGUGACUUCGUUCCAAAACACACACACAAACCCGGUCACCAGAUUUCUGCACUAUUUCAUUUUAUGAUUGCAUUGGCUCUUCGAAAAUAACCUCAGUUCCCACCUGCAAGUCGCUGUUUUUGAAAUAGGGAUUCCUCUGUGAAAGCUAAGUGUACAUCUUUAUUACUGGAUGGGCUUUUCUGUAUACUGACAAAGAACAAAGUGUUGCAUCAUCUCUUGUCUCUGAAUGGGUCCGUUGGGACUGAAAGAAGAAAAAUGAGGCACAGGUAUAGAGAGGCAUAUCUAGAGACAGAAUUUGUGCACAAUUUCCCCCCUUCUCAUUUCCGUCUUGCUUUCUUAUCUCAGCUGCUUCUGUUAAAAUUAUGAACACUUCCCACAUAUAGGCAUUGUAAUGUAUAUAAUAUUGCAUGCAUAUCACAUGCAUAUACCUCCACCUUCAUUGUCCAUUUGGAAACUGAGGUUCAGCUCUGAGGGCCUUCUGAGACUUCCCUCACCGUGAGACGUGAAGCUACAGGGAACCAAGCAAAGGGCCUUCUCGGUAGUGGCGCCCGCCCUGUGGAAUGCCCUCCCAUCAGAUGUCAAACAGAUAAAUAACUAUUUGACUUGUAGAAGAUAUCUGAAGGGAAGUUUUUAAUGAUUGAUGUUUUAUUGUGUGCUUUAAAAAAAUAAAUGUUGUGAGCAGCCCAGAGUGUCUGGGGCAACUCCUCAGAGAUCCUUUUAAUGGGAUACCCUUAACCAAGGAGGGGCAGGUGGAGGCCUCCCCUCCAGCCAAGACUAAGGCUUACCCAAUGCCUAGGUUUCAGUUCCCAGGAAUCUCCAGGUACAGCUGGAUCAGACUCCUGUCCAAAACCCUCAAGAGCCACUGGUGGUCAAUGAAAAGAGUGCUGAGCUGGCAGGCUCAGUCAGGGGCGAAGGAAGGCGUUGUGACACCUGGGGUGGGCGUCACUACAUAGGGUGCAUUUGCCAUACGUAGGGCGCAUGUGCCAUACGUAGCGACGCCGCACAUGCUCUGUACAUAGCAGUUUGCCUCCAGCACCGCUCCAGCACCGUAUGGACAGUGCCAGGAUCCUCUGCUUGCGGCUGUACCGCAAACAGAGGAUGCUCCGUUCACGGCAGUAGUGGCGACAGAGGGAUCCCGGCACCGUCCGUAUGGUGCUGGAGCGCCACCGGCAGCAAACAGCACUGUUGGGAUACUGCUGGGAAGAUGGGGGCAUCAGGUAGGCAUCAGGCAGGCCCCCAGCUGGCUCCAGCCGCCGGCCGGGAGCCGGUCUCCCUUGGAACAGCAUCAAUUAGCGACACGAGCCUCAGAUACGUUUAGAGACCCAUGCACGCUCUAUCAGCAGAGUGCGUAAAUCUUCUCACAGCAAAAGAGGCGGACAGAGAAUGUGUAAGCAUAUUUACAGCAUUUUAUUCAGCAUAGUUCAGGAACAGAGGAAAACAUGUCUGCUUCCCUUCGUCUCCAGCAUAAGAGCAGAAACACAAAAGCUAUAUACAAAUGGAAGUUCCCAGCAAGUGCUGGAAGUAAACAGGCAUGUGACAUCCAAUAGUCAUGCCUGCUCCCUUUUAAGGAGGAAUGGAACUAUAUCCUAACAAGCGCAUGUGCGGCAUUGCUAUGUAUAGCGCAUGCGUGCGAUGCCGCACAUGCGCUGUACUUAGUGGUUUGCCACCGGCGCCGGGAUCCUCUGCUUGCGGCUGCAGCCAUGAACAGAGGAUCCUCCACAUGCGGCUGCAGCAGCGCAAUGGCUCCUCGCGCCUCCGCGAGCCCUUGCGGGGUGACUUCUUGUCACCCCCACAGGCGUGGAACCCGGGGCGAACCCCCCGUUGCGACGCCACUGGGCUCAGUGGCCUCAUGUGGUCCAAGGAAGGAUCCUAUGUUUGCUUGCUUUUAUUUGCAGCACUAGAAAUAAAUACUGGGGGAAAAGAAUCUUUGGAGGUUGAUUUAGCAAAGUUUUGAAAAGCACGCAACUUUCUUAAUGAAUGAUGAAGCCUUACUUUCAGCAGGUGGUACCUCAUUAAAUUUUAGCUAACAAAAUUAUAUCCAAAGGAAGUCAUAAAACGUCAGUAAGGAUGCUGAGAUACUUCCUCGUAAAUGGCGAGUUUGUAGGAAGAUGGCAAAUAAAAAUCUUAUAGCAAGAAAUGCUGCACUGGUCACAUAACCUGAUGUUGUAUGCAUUGGCCUAUAGCCCAACAUUAUUCAUUCAGAGCCACUUUUUAAAAAAAUUGUUACAUAAUGCAGUUAAUUUUGCUUUCGAAAUAGUUGAACCAUUUUGUCAGCCACUUUGUGCACAGGACAGGGAAGGGGGCCGCAAGUUGGGUUGUUGUUUUUUAAAAAUUUACUUUUGUCCUUCUGCAUUUGAAUUCAAUGAAUUAUACUUCUGUUAGAAUCCCGGCAAUAAUAUGUGACAAACCAAAAGCCACUGUCGCAUCAUGAUACUGCUUGGUGAUUUGGAAGACUGCGAAAGUGAAGAAUGGUGGAAAUGUCCUAGAAGAGAGCUAGAUAUCUUUUGAGCACACCCACCUAGACGUACACAAGCCUAGGUGUUAAAUGAUCAUUAUGGCAGCAGAAGCCAAGGUGGCUAUGCAAAAAUUAAGGUUACUUCUUCAGCCUUUCCCAAUACUUCUUACCAAUUUGGCAAUCCCACCACAUAUGAAAAAAUGAGGAAAGGGGUUUCUCAGUGGUGGCACCUCAACUUUGAGACACGCUUGCUAAAGGGUAAGUUUGGCACCAACUUUACAGUCUUUUCAGUGACAGGGUUUGGUGCUUUUAUUUAACCAGGUAUUUUAAUUUAUAUAAUCCCUCAGUCUGCCUUGCCCUUUUUUUAUCUGCUAUCAUUUAUGUUGGUGGUUGCUAGUAAAUGUUUUAUUGUAUCAUAUUAGUUAUCAAAUAAUUUAUUGCCUACAUUGUUCUAUAUGUUGAAAUAAAUGAGUUGUAGCCAAUGAAGUGGAACAGAUGCAUGGAAACUCAGAGCACAUUGAUGUCACACCACGCUUGCAUUUUCAUCUACCAGAUUUUACAGGGUAGAAGGAAAGGAACGGAGUUGAGGCCACUGUUUUUUGUGGUAGGCAUGAGAUUCUUGUCACAACUGUGUGAUUAUUCACUGUUUUCCAUCUAGUAUGGGUUUUUGUUUAGGUUCAAUGUAAGCCCAGAACCUAUAAACCCUCUGUCAUUCAUUGGGAAGUUCUGGACAAUUCACUCCUCCAGGAGAAAGUCCGGGACUCUUCAGGGCAGCCACACCCAUCCAGUGUUAUAUGUUGCAGAACCCCUCACAUUUUUUCUUUUUCUAUACCUGGUGUUAAGUAAAUUCCCCACAUGCCUUGUAAUUAGUUCCCUCUUUACUGUGUUGGUUCUGGGUCUGACAUGCUACAUCAUCCUAUUAUCUUUAGCCUUCAAGGUUAGUUGAUGUCAGUCACACAGCAAGCCUUCCUGUACACACUUCCACUCGUGUCUCCUCACAACUACUAAUUCUGUUAGCUCAGUAUGUGAAACCAUAGUAUAAAAACAACACACCUUUCUUCUUGCCAUGCCCUGGAGUGAUUUUCAAUGACUCUCUGUGGCUUGGACCCAAGAACUGCAUCCUUCACUUGGACACAAUUCUGAAGUACAGCAGAGCCAUGAACAUCUGGAUGCAUCAUGUCACAACUGGUGGAAGCCACUUAGGAGGUCUUCGCCAAACAGGUCCAGAGUGUGGCGAAUGUGUCUUUACACAAUGGAUUGGUGCCUGCUGCCCACCCGUGAGGAAGCCCACCCUGGACACUAUAAGAACUAGUGCCCAGUUCCAUAAGGUGGUUUGAGAGGGUGGGAGCCAAACAAUUGCAGGUGUUCCUGAAGGGUACUAAUCUUUGGGUGUGGUUUUGGGACUGAAUCACCGUGAUGACUGGUACUGAGAGAGUGACUGGGUGAGUGUGACUCUGCUUCUCAAUCUCUCAGCAGCUUUGGGUAACAUUUACUGUGGUAUCCUCCUCAACAGCUCUGUGAGAUGGGUACUGGGGAGCGCAUUCUUUUACAGUGGUUCCACUCCUACUUACAGGGUCAUGUGCAUUGGGAAUUUGUGUUUUGGCUCCAUGAUAUUUGUGAUAUAGUGCACCACAGGGUGCAAUCUUGUCUUCACUGAUUUUUAACAUCUAUAUGAAGCCACUGUAUGCAGUUAGGAUUUUGAAGUCAAAUAGUGCUAUGAAACCAAUUAAACUUAAGUUUCAGGGCCCAGAAGGGUCCCAGAAGUGACUUUAGUCCACCUUGCUUCCAAAUUUUGCUUUAAAAAUGUAUCAUGCAUUUCCCUAAUUUUCAUCCCCCUAUAACUCAAAAACUAGGGAUAGGGGUUUUUUUGUUCACACCAGUGACUUUGACAUGUGAGAUAAUUGAGAACAGCUAUUUUAAUCAAGAUCUGAGAUGUAGGAGCUAUUUAAAAAUAAAUAAAUGUGGAGUUCUGUCAUGGAACAACCCUAUUGAAGAUGAUAAGAGUGGUUACCCCUACCUUGUUGCUGGUUGCAAAACUGCCCCCAUAUCAGUUCCAGCUGCAGGGUCCCCAAAAUGUAGGUCCGCCACUGAGCCUGAAUGACUAAGGAUUGUUUCAAUUUGGUUGUAUACUUCUUUAUGCUUAAUUUAUUGUCCAUGACUACUUUUGUAAUUAUGUGUGUUUCUUUUCGUGUUGUAAGCUGCCUUGAGCAUGGUUUUUAACUAUGGAAAGGUGGCAUACAGAUAAAAUGGUGUAUACAGAUUCUGAUCUUUCCCAGACAGAAAGAAGCAUAGCAGUAAACCUUUUCCUUCUGAGAGAGGUCUUGCAAAAUCUUACUGAAAAUAGAGAAAAUUGCAACCUUUCAGAUGGUUACUUAGCUUUUCACAUGCUUGUCAUAUAAUGAAAAUGUCACGCCAUCUAUCAUCCCUUCGUUCUUACCUUGGGUAGAGGACAUGCUUAGUAAACCCAUAAUGUGUAAAAGGAAAAAGGCAGGGGAGCUACCAGUCCUUAGCAGAAUUACUUUGAUAGGCACCAAAUGGAGGUGUUGAUUUUAGUUUUGCCGAGAAAUGCAGUCAGAACACGUAGUGCUGGGCAGCAGAAGGUCAGAUCACAUGUGGCUAUCUGUAGCAUUUCAAUUUCCUUCGUUCUGUUUCAAUUUAAAUCGCCUGCUUAAUUUGAGCCUCCUCAUUAUUUCAGGUUUGAUUGGGCUCUCUGUCGAUGCUUGUGGGGUAUUUUACUGAUAAUAAGGACAUAUUUCAGGUAAAUUUAGAGUAAGAUGCAAUACAGUAAAUCAUUAGUUACGCCAUUAUGGCCAAAACCCAAAUUAACUAGAUCUUGGAGAGAGCAUUAUUUUUUAACAAUAACAGUUUCCCCAGACCUUUCCCCAAAGUAAGAUUUAUUGCCAAGGUAGUAGGACAGCCACUUUAUGGGACUAGAAUUUCAACAGCAAAUGAAGCGCAGUCAGGAAGCAUCUACCAUAAUGAACAAAAUAUACAAGUUUCCCUGUAAGAAGACUUUUAUGUGCCAUGCCUGCGUCUCUGGGUCAUUGCAGCAGAAGGGGUCAAGUUGCAUGUCCUGUAUUUAUAGUGUUCUCUUGUGGGGCAAAUAUAAUUGGGGUGGGGUGGGCAGUUUAGAUCAGGAAAGUGGCACCCAGAGAUAGGCUUGGCUCCUUUCCCCAUUGCUGUGGCCUUGAUGUGACUCAAUGCUGUGGACAUGAUCUGAUGAAAGGUUAAAGACCUCAGAAGAUCUGAUCAUCCAUAUCUCCCAUCAUGUUAGCCAUUUUCCCCUAGCCUUGCCAGCUACUGCUGCCACCACGCACCCAGUGCUAUCUUUCUAGAAAAAAGGUGCCAAAACUCACCUUGUUCUCUUGUAAUGGUAAUGGUGUCCACCUGCAAAAAAGUCCUGCAUGCACCACUGCCAUGCUGCUGCCCUGAUAAACAUGCAUUUGAUAUUCAUCAGAAAGUGUUCUCCAUGCAAACAGAGAUGUGCAUGGAUCAUUCCUACACAUCAGGUGACAAUUCUAGCCAAUCAGGAUCCCUUCUCUCAAGUAGGAGUUUUCUAUGCAUACAUCUGUACGUGUGGAGACAUCUUUUCCAAAUGAAUAUCAAAUAGACAUCCGGCAAGGGAACAUGGGAGUGGUCAAUGGGAGUGGCAGUAGGCAGGACUAGCCUAAACACCUCUGCAAUCCCCUCUGUAGGUUCACAUUGAAAGAGGCAGUCCUUGCGCUCCUGAGCCGUCUUCCAUUGCCUCUUUUUAUUUUAGCCUGAUCUGAUGGAACUCUGCAGUGGCAUCCACAAAAUGAA